ACUUCCGAGGCGAGAGAUCUCGUUAAACUCGUCGGGAAUAUCUUGGAAAAAAUCAGCAGCUCUAUUCGUAAUAUUUAUUUCGUUUGAGGGAAUAUGCUCGUGUGUUUGCUCGUGAAAAAUAAACGGGAAUGGACGGGCACGACGGUGCACGCGAAGCGCGUGUGAAAGUUCACAACGACCCUGACAGUUGAUCGGUGUUUUUUUGUGCUGGCGGUUAGUCGAAACGAGUCUCGGAGGAAACGUGCGUUCGCGUUGAAAUACGUGUUAACCAGAAAAAAUUGGCAAGUGGACGGACACGAGUGGUGUUUCAUUUCAUAAACGAUAAUAAUAACAAUGAUAAUAAUAAUACUGAAGAAAGGAUAACAACACGAACGCGGGAUUCGUUCGGGGUUCACUUUCCUUCUCUCGCGGACGCGAGCUUCUUUGUUUCGCCGCGCAAGACGGUGGUAGCGCUCGCGUCGGGCGAGUCGUAAAUCUAGCCCUAAGCGUGCGGGAAAAACCGCGCCUCGUGGUUCGACACUUGACAGUCGACGAAAAACAGGAGAUAAAUAAAACGGCAACGCUUCUCGGUGCGCCCGAAUUUUCUAUUUGUUUUAUCGUUCGGACGCGAGUUUCGCGGCUCUGGGUGACCGUUUGGCCGUUAAGCAAGUAUUUUUCAACGAUCCGAAAGCCGAAAGUGGACUCGAUGCCGUGCAGAAAAAAACGUAUCGUCGCUUCGAGGAUCACGAUUGUCGUCGGAUGUUCGGAAAUGAGGAGCGUGGCAAACAAAAUUUAGAGAAAACCUCCCCCAUCAAACUCGCAGCAAUACGAAAGUACAAUCAAACAUUUUUCGACAAUUCGUACAAGAGGAACCAAGCGUGGAUAAAAGCGGGAGAAAAAAUGCGGCUCCGUCGCAACCACGAGAUAUCGAUUCCGAGCAGUGGCGAGGCGUCGAGACACGCGGUCGUUUAUGCCUCAACGGCUAAUCGACGAACCUCGAUAUUUACCAGUUACAAAAACGCUUUCGUCGAUCAUGACGACGAAAUAGCUCUUAAAAUCGUUACCACAGAAAUAAACGUAAUCUCGAAUUGAUAAGAAAAAAAGUAAAUUAAAAAUCAAGCAUCCAAAUAAAAACAAGCGAACGCGAGUAACUUAGCAACAUUCUGAGAAUGUUGCUCCUCGAUAAACUAUGUAAAACAACCAAAUUUUCGGACAAGAAUAGCUAAGAAACCAAAAAGUCUUAUCUCCCUCCCAACAGCAGUGUGAAACCAUCGCGAGAUAGUAAGAAAAAAAGUUGCUGCAAGCGUACCGACGCAAGUGAGAAGUGAACGUUGCCAAAAAACAACCAUAACUAUUUUAUUCAACAAUAGAACGAAAAAAAAAAAAAAAAAAAAAGAAGCGCGCGAGCACCUCGAAAGAGAGGGAUCGGCGUGAAUGAACGAGAAAAAAAAGCAGAAAAUCGAUCGCCUGAAAGGCCACCAAGUGCCACAACCCGUUGAGAAUAUGAUCGUGAAAUUUAAUGCAGCAGUUCCAACACUCAACGAACGAAGAAUAAAAACAAAAUGGCGUCCAGUUAAAAUAGCCUAAAAAUCGUUUGAAAAAUAGAUCGAACGUCGUUCAAAACAGACGCACGAUUCUUAUCUGCCACGAGAGUCAAAUAAUUUUCAUAUUUAAAUAUAACAGAAGGAAAAGGAGAGCGAGAUUAAUUGGUGAGAGGAAAAAUAUAUUCAGCAUGGUCUCGACGUACAGCGUAGCGAAAGAGGGCGCCGUUGGUGUUGCAGUUGGAGUGGGCGCUAUGCAUCUUUUGCCACAUUGUGCCGCCCCUCACCAUUUAUCGCCCCAUCCACAAAACCCUAAUCACAAUCACGUCCACCCAAACAAUCAUCAGCCACCGCCACCGUUGAGCCCUCACGGACAUUUGACUCAAUUGAAUCAUGCUCAGCAUCAUCUUACCAUCAAUAUUACGCAUCAUCAACAACAGCAGCAGCAGCAGCAGCAGCAACAACAGCAACAACAACAACAUCAACAGCAGCAGCAGCAACAGCAGCAACAACAUCAACACCAACAUCAGCAAGCUCAAGCAAGGCAACAACAACAGAAUGAACAUCAAGCAGCAGCUCAACAACAACAACAGCAACAACAACAACAACAACAACAACAACCGCAGCAACAACAAGCCCCACCCCCACAAUAUCGCAUCGUUACGACUAACGCCAAACGUGAGACGGUCAACGGCCGACGUAAUCUUCCUGCCGGCAUGACACACUCGUUCCUGGACUUCCGGUGGACCCGUCAUGGAAAUUCAUUUUUUUUCCGUUCACCCGGAUCGGAGUUUCAUGUACCUGGACAAAAUUACGUUGCCCAACCAGGUGGGCAUGUGGGUGGAGGAGGGGGUGGUGUAGGAGUACCAGGAGGUAGAGGGCCGCCGUCCCUCGGAGGAAUACAAACUUUGGGUCAGUCGACGCCUGGUAUACAGCCGGGCGGUCCACAGAGCGGACAACAACAACCUCCGCAGGCACAAACACCAGGUGUGCAACAACAACAGCCACAAGGACCUGCGCCUACGACUACACCUCCUGUUCACACACCUUCGCCUCAAGAAAUGGGGAAACAGGUUCAUUUGCAGGCUCCGUCGCAGCACCAACAGGUCUACAUGUCUAAUCCAACGAGACCGGUCACCCAGGGUUAUUUCCAGCCCGCACCGAGGUCACAACCUUCACGAAAUCUCGGGCACAGAAAUAAUCAGGGUGGUGCAGGUACGCAGGUAGUUGGAAUGCCGGGUGGUGGUGGUGGUGGUCAACCCACCGCGUUGUAUCAACAUCAAGGUAUAGCGGUGCCGCAGGGUACGCCGAUGUACGAUAUUCGUACCUUGCAACAAGUGUCAAAUCUUCAUCCGACAGGGCAUCAACAACAAAUGUACCCUCCUCCCAGCAUCCUGUCACUGUUUCCUGCUGCACAGCAGAGACACCAGGCACAUCAGGGACAACCUUUUUAUCAGUCUUACACACCCCACGCUAUCGUCCAGACGCCAAAUAUGUAUCCAUAUGCGCCAGGACAAGGAAAUCCAAAUCCAUAUUUUUACCAACAACCUCAACCUGCAACACCGCUAAAUAUUAGUAGAGCCAGUGCUAAUGCAGUUAGCGGGGGAGCUCAACACGUAGGAGGACCGCUGGCCGGUGCCCAAGGAGCCGGUGGUGUACCUCAAGGUGCUCUUCAGCAACCUACACAGCCGCCACAGCCUAUACCCUCGAUGGCAAUACCUCUCGCUCCAACCGAAGUAUACACCGGUCACAAUGGUGGUACGUCGAGUGCGAACCUUAGCUCAUCGAGAUUAUCGACUGGUCCGAGAUCCCACGCUAUCAUGGAUAUCCGCGAUCCAAACACCGGUGACAACAUAGCCGCUGAUAUAUACGGCAAUGCAUCGAGUGUAAGUGGUGCAUCCAGUAAUCGUGAGACUCCUCAACCGCAGAAUCCAGAAUUGGUAGCGGAAUUUGCGGCUAGAGUCGCGAAAGCGGCUAGCGAAGAAUCGGAGACGAGCUUCGCAUCAUCGUCGUUAGGACCGUCAACUUCGACGUCGUCGACGACGAUAGCGUCGGCAACGGCGACGUCAGCAGCUCCAGUGGCGGCGACAGCGACGAGUGCGCCGGUACCUCCGUCGGGUGUGACGAACGUUGUUACGGAGAACGUACCGUCAGCGACGCAAAUUACCCAAGUAGCAAGUACAACGAGUAUGAAAAUAACGUCGAAUCCCAGUAAGGAAUCACCGAUCCAGUGCAACAGCGGUACAUCGACGACGACGACGACGGCGAUAAUGACGCCUGCAACAACGCAGUCUCAAAAUUCGACGAUCUCGGCGAGCCCGCUGCAACAACAAAUUUCGGAGGGCUGCACGCUCCCGAAAACAGAUUCGAAACCUUUGCAACUUCCCGCUCAAGAAUUUUGGCCCCGUGGCGAGGCGAAACAGUCGAAUGCCGGGCAACAACAGCAACCAAUUGCCGCUGUCAUUGACGAACAAAAGCUCAAUGUCGCAUCAACCAAUCCAAUUGUUCUUGCGAACAAAGAGCUUGUCUCGUCUCCGCAAAUCGAUCCUGUCGCUCCUGUGGCUUCGACAAUUGCACAGUCGAGCAUAGAACUUAAAGAGCCCGCUAAAAGCGCUUCUAAGCCUCCGACCGCGGCAUCAAUCGUCUCGAACACAUCGAGCGCUACACCGAACAUUGCCACUAAUGUUACCGACGUACCGUUACACUCCUCGAACACUGCCACUCAAGUUUCACUUGCUUCCGCAAAUCCUAACAUCCCAUCGGCUCCUCCCUCUGCCCCCGCGGCAGCAACACCUAACGCUGCUCCUGUCUCUGUACAACCCGCGCAAGGAGGCUCGAGCUUUCUUGGACCAAUUCCGAGUCGUCCACCGCGUUUCCCUUUCCCCGGUCCUUCCAUAGACUCCUCAUCUUUUCCCACUCUUGUUAGUCCCAACACGUACUCACCACCACGACGAAAAAACCACAAUCAACAACAAGCCGGCCAAACCAAUGCCACCGCUACCGCCCCAACUUCCGGUGCUGAACUUCCACCCUCUGGUAAAGAACCUCAGAAAGAAAGAAAAAUUAGCGAUCGUAGCAGCUCUGCUACCUCCAGAGGUACCACACCGACACCUUCUCACAAUCAGGCCGAACAGCAUCAACGAUCCAACGGCGAAACUGCUCUCGAUAAGACUGACGUCGCUACCGAUAAUAAGGCUGAUCAUCAUCAAAAAACUGCUGAUGGUAAAGCCAUGCAGAAGCAGAAGAAUAAAAACAAGUCGAAACACAAGGAUCUUAAUCGGAAAGGAGCGGAGAAAGAGGGAACGGACAUGGACGCCUUCGUGAAUCCGGCGGCAGGUUCAAAGCCGGAAGGAAAGACGCAACAAGACAACAGAAGUCAGGCUCAAGCUGUCCCGGCGCAAUUGUCGAGCAAAGAUGAGAAUGUUAUUGUGGAUUCAUGUAACGUUCGUGAGAGUCCGAAAAUCGUGAAAGAUCGCGAAAACAAUGAAACCAAGAUCGAGACGAGUGCCGAGAUCGAUAUUGGGAAAGGGCAGAAAACGAAAAACGUCACGAAGCUCGAGGCAACUAGGGAAAAUGUUGGUGCUACGCCAUCAUCGCUCGUUACUGCACAAGUGUUAAACACCGAUGAACAACAGGAAUCAACGGCACAAAAUAAUAAGGAAACGCUCGUUAAAGAAACGACGCCGACGAUCGAGGAGAGCGAUAAUACGACUCGGGGAAUAUGCGAUUUGCCGACAAAGACGAAUGACAUCGUUGAUCAUACCAAGGUCCCUGUCAAAGACGAGAUCGACGUUGAAACGAUAGUCGCACAGAAAAAUGAGGAAAAUGCUAAAGUUUCGGCUCUGCAUGCAACCUCCAAUGAGACCACUGAAUCUGAAACUCCUGUUAUCGAGAAACAGGACGAGGACGAAGUCCCGAGUGAAAAUGAUGUUGUUAGUACCGCACCUAAAGCUCCACCUCGAUUGAAAUAUCCAUACGAUGAUAAUCAAUGGAGUCCGAUAAACGUCACUGGAAAGCGAGAAUAUGGACGUGAAUUUCUUAUGAGACUGCAAAACGAUCCGAAAAGUCGGGUGCGACCGAGUAAUCUACCGGAAAUGGAUGUUGUACUCAAAGAGUGCAUAAAGAGCCGGAGUACCGAAUUCAGGCCGUUCAAGGACUCGAACGCGGGCCGCCACGACUCGUUGCUGCCUAUAUUCGCCAAGACGGGUGGUUACAACGCCAAACCGCCAGUGUUAACGAAAAAGAGUUAUCAAGGCAAGUCUAAACCGACGAAACCCAAUGUGAUUCACUUGUCGUUAUCGCUUCGCGAAGACGUUAAACUUCGCGAAACGGAAAACGCGUGGCGACCGGCACGCCUCAAGCCCCAAGCUCUCGAGGAGGAUGCCAAAACAAUAGCACUUUAUAAAAAAGUACGGAGCGUAUUGAACAAACUGACACCACAGAAAUUCGAUACUCUUGUGUCGCAAGUCAGGGCAUUAGAAAUCGAUACGCAACAAAAGUUACAAGGUGUCAUUGAUUUGGUCUUCGAAAAGGCUGUUGAUGAACCGAACUUCUCCGUCGCGUACGCACUUAUGUGCAGUGAACUUCGUCAAAUGACUGUUGUUUCUGACGGGAAAAAAUCUGAGCCGAGCGACGAUAGUCAGCCCAGCGAGCAGCCGGCUCAGCAGCAAGCGGCGGGAGAAGUCAAUUUCCGUAAAUUAAUCGUAGAACGUUGUCAAAAACAAUUCCAGAAAAACAAUGAUGACGAACAUGCGAGAAUAAGUAAAUUGAAGGAAAUUGAGGAAUGUACAGACCCGGAGAAAAAGAAAGAUCUCCAGACGACUCUCGAAGAGUAUGAUCGUCGACUUCGUGUCCGAUCAGUUGGCAACAUUAGAUUUAUCGGUGAACUUUUUAAGAAAGAAAUGCUUACGAUAAAGAUAAUGCAUUUCUGCAUAAAUCAUUUGUUGUCGAGUCCCGACGAAGAGAAUCUCGAAUGUUUGUGUAAAUUAUUGACGACAAUCGGUAAAGCUCUCGCGGAGCGACACAUCGCAGUGGGUAAUCCCGAAGCCCUUGAUCCGUAUUUCACUAAACUGUCGAAUUUCGUCGGAAAGAAGGGCAUACAACGAAAAAUAAGCUCGAGAAUACGUUUCAUGAUACAAGACGUGAUGGAUUUGAAAACCAAUAAUUGGAUACCGAGACGAGACGAGGCAAAACCCAAGACCAUGGAUCAAAUCGAGAAGGAGGCCGAGUGCGAACGUUCGGAAAUACAAUUAAACAAUACACCAAUGAACACGCCUAGGAAAGACGAUCGAAAUAGCGAUAGAAGACGAAAUCGUGGUGGAGGUGGAAUGGAAGAAGGUGGAUGGAGUCAACCUGUUGGCAAAACCAGACAACAGCCUUAUUCUGUAGAAGCAGCUAAAUUGAGUACGAAAGCUGUUGCGCCAAACGAGCUGCGACUAGGAAAUAGGAAUGCGUAUGCAUGGGGCGCACAAUCGGCAGCUGCGGUCAAAACGUUAACGCCCAAUAAAUAUGCGCUCCUUGAUAGCAGCAUGCCUGGUGAGAUGGACAAACGAACACCCCUGCAAGUUUCUGGGUCUAGAUCUACUGGACCCAGAGACUACGGUCGACCUGAUUACAAAUCUGGAUGGGAAAACAAAGGAUCGCGCUUGGGCAGUCAACACAUGAACAGUAGUUCGAGCGGACGAGACACACUCAUGGAGAGUGGACGAAGUCAGAGCAUAUCGAUGCCACCGCCAUCCAUGAAAAUGAAACCACAGACUACCUCGAUCGUCACUACAAGCAGCAGCGGUAGCGGCUUCAGUAGUAGUCGUAGUAAUAAACCUCGCAAAACUGAGGCGGAACUAGUCCGCGUCGUCAAAUCAAUUACCGAUGGUGCUGUUUGCGAGCCCAACAUCGAUGUUUUCAUCAAAACGACUUUGGAACAAUUUCAAGAUCUCUUUGACAGUUCGACAACCGAGCUGUUUGUUCGUGAAUCCAUCAAUGGAGUACUUGAGAGAACUGCCGCUGUGCGUCAACAUUUCUCUGAAUUAUUUGCUCACAUGGUCAAUCACAAUAUUCUCCCACUUUCGCUCAUCCAGACUGAAUUUGAAAAAGUUCUGGAAGUUGCGGACGACCUAGUCAUUGAUAUACCUAAAAUCUGGACUUACUUUGCCGAGCUACUGUCGAGUAUGGUAGUUUCGAAUGCCCAUCCCCUCGCCGAAAUGAAGACCACCGCAGCAAUUUUAAAAAUUACUGGCAAAGGUGGAAAAUUGAUGGGUGAAUUGCUCGCUAAACUUGCGAGAGAUCAAGGACCCAAAUGGACGGCGGAAAAAUGGGACCAAAGUGGACUCCAAUGGAGCGAUAUUACCGAUACGACGUUAGAGAACAUCGACGAUAUCAUAAAACAAUACAAAUUGGAGUUCCUUAACGGCGAGUGCAAAAGCUCGGACGUAACUUCUUCCGGUAGUCAAUUAACGAAUGAGCAGAUCCACGAUCACCUCGUGAAGCUUAUGCGUGAUAGCGAUUUCGACAAUAUUUGCAGCUGGAUACUGGCGAACGUUGGCAACAGAGUAACGCAACCGCAUUUUAUCAGAACCCUGAUGACGGCAAUUCUUACCGUUACUGUUGAGGAACGUCAUAAAGUAUGGAAGCUCAAUGAGAACACUUUCAAAAAUCUUCAAACUCUUAUAAAGCGUUUUAUCGAUACCGAUGCUGAUUUGGAAUUGCAAUGUCUCUUCGCUAUCCAGGCAUAUGUUCACAAAUUGGAGCAUCCACCGGGUUUGUUGUUCAAUAUAUUGACGUCGUUACAACAAAACGAUGUACUUUCGGACGAUGCAUUCCUCACGUGGGAAUCGGCCACGGGUGAGUUCCCUGGUCACGCUGUCGCGAUAAAAGGAUUAACGUCAUUUUUCACUGGAUUGCGAGAACCCGACAGUGACGAUGCGUGAGGUACGGACUAUUGGAGCCGUUCGAUGUGUGUAUAAUCGAUAAAGUUGGAUCGUCGCGAGGGACGAAAGGUUUGAAAAUGAAAAAAAAAAAAACAAAAAAACAGAAAACGAAAUAAAGGAAAGAAGGGUUCCGGAGAAGGUCAAAAAUUUGAUUUUUCAUGCGAUUAUGCGAAAAGUGUAUGUACUAUAGUUUUUGGGAUGAACAGGGGGAAACGCGAAAAUAACGUGCGAAUCAAAGGAGUGUUCUAUCGAAAUGAUGAAACAAUUUCAAACACGAAAGAGUGAAAGAGAGAGAGAGAGAGAGAGAGAAUGAAAAAAACGUGAAAAAGUUAAUAAAAACGAUUGCGGUACACCGGAAAACGGCCGUAUUUGAAAUACGCUAUACAUAAUGAAGAUAAAGAUUAAACGCUAAUUAUUAUACAGAAUUUAAUGCAAGAUAAUAUUAUUAUACAUAAUUCAUUUAAAAAUGGUUUAAAGUUUAAAUAAAGCGGAAACAACAACAAAAUUAUGCUCCAUGGUCGAAAUCAUUCGGCGCGUGUGUUUUUUUACACCACGUGCCUGCUACGUGAAACAUUGAGACACUGUUCGUGGAGCAUGAGGUGGCGCGUAAGAAUGCGACGAGAAUUUGUUUUCUUCGAUUUUUCCAAUUGCAAAUAUGAGAUGAAAGGAAAGAGAGAGGGGGAAGAGAAUUAACAAAUAAAGACAAUAGAGUAUCGACGUCUGCGGACGCGCGCCGUUUACGAGGAUGUAUCAGUUGGUACGUAUCGCAAUCGUGAGUGCGAGAGAGAUAACUGCAAAUUUCGAAAUCGAAAUUCUUUGACACAAUUUAACCGAUUAAAAAAAGACUCUGUCAGUCGAUUUUUGCCAUCGUUCUGCGUAAGGUGACAGAGCCUUUUUUUAAUCGGUCAAACUGUGUAAAAGAAUUUCGAUUUCGAAAAUUCCAAGUGAGGUUAGUCGACUGAUCCAUGCUCUUAAAGGCAUUUAACAUCCAUCGCAAUCCCGCGUAAUUUGGAGGUGAAUGAUUUUUGUGACGUGAAAAAGAAAAACAUGUUUAUUUUUCCCGAAAUGCGCUUUAAUUACGAUUAAGAAGUUACGACAAAAAAUUCGAGCACCCGCAUAAUUUCACGUGCAAGAAUUGUACAUGGCAAAACGAAAUUGAUGAUUAAUAAAUCGACGAAAAUCAACAAAAAUACAUAGGGCUCAUAUAGACAAUAUAUUUUAAAGAAAACGACAAACAAGAGAAAACCACACGCAUACACUGUUGAUAAUCAAGUCUGAAGCGACACCGAAUGUUCUUCCUAUUAUUAUGAACGAUUUAAGAAAAAAUCAUUAUUUAUAACAUUGCAAAGAAUAAAAUCCUGCGAGAUUACCGUAUACACACGUAUAAUCGUAUAUUUGUUUAUUUAUACGCAUACUCGAAAACACACUGCUUCGUCAGAAAAGUGUUCAUUGUUUACGAUGAUACGUAUGACGUUCGCGCGAGAGGAACAUGAAAAAAUGAAUAGCGAAGACGAAAAUAAGAGCUGAGUUUUUGUAGUUAUUGCACGCUAUAAAAAUAGGACACGAAAAAAGACGUAUUGCGUGCUUAAUCGGAGCGAUAUUUUUUAAAAAUAAUUAGCUAUUUAUAGUCAACAGUGAUUAAGGUGUGGGUGUGUACGAGAAAUUGAGCGAGUGAGAGAGAACUGAGGAAAAACAAAAACCAACGUGAGAUAUGCGUGUGAAGAAGUGAACAAAAAAUAAUAGAAACGAAAAUGCAAAAUCAUUUCAUGGGUGCGAUAAUCACGUGGCAGGUACGCGAUAGUUGAUAGUGCGAAUGUCGUAACACGACAAGUAACAAAAACGUAACUUCUUAAUGGAUAACAAUGCGUAUACCGAGAAAGAAUAAGAAAACGAGAAGACGAGCGGGCAAACUUCAAUUUAGGAUGUUCUGCACGCAGAUUCCUGUAAAAAAAAAAUACGUUCAAUAAUGAUAGUCGACUGGAUUGUUACUGUCAAACGUAAUCCCAUCGAUCAUCUUUUUAUAGGCGAUACUGCAUCAUUUAUUAUCACAGCGCAAGAAUACUAGAAGAAAUGCUUGCCGUUAAGCUUUUACAUCGUUUUUUGUUUUUUGUUUUUUUUUUUAUUAUUUUUUUCAAACGAUCGUAAUCGAGACUUUUGAAUAUCGGAGACCUCGUUUGUUAAUUGUUUCUUUGGUCCGGUUCAUGGCAUUGAGCAAUUCUCUCUGCCUCCCCCUCUCUUUCUCUCUCUUUUUCUUUGUAUUUUUAAAUGCAUAUAGAGAAAAAAGAGACAUUUACUAGAGGGAGGCCUAUAUCUAAUACCACUUGUAAAUAAUGAAUUGAUCGCUGCAGCUAAAAUCGCUAUCGUCGUCAUCGGCUGCUCUGCGAUUCCAUUAGUACACCGAUUUGUAUACAAAAAAAUAACUAAUAACUGAAAAAAGCACAUAAAACCGGACAUCAAGAGACAAAAUAGAUCGACAGACGCAAAUCUUAUUGAGUGUUAUUUGAGCAUUGAAUUGUGCGAGCGAGUCUCUCAUCAAGAGGAUGGAUCAGUCGGUAUAUUGCAACCGUGAGUGCGAGAGAGAUAGCUGCAAAUUUCGAAAUCGAUAUUCUUUGACACUGUUUUUUGACCGAUUAAAAAAAGGCUCUGUCAGUCGAUUUUUGCCAUCAUUCUGCGUAAGGUGACAGAGCCUUUUUUUUAAUCGGUCAAACUGUGUCAGAGAAUUUCAAUUUCGAAAAUUCCAAGUGAGGUUAGUCGACUGAUCCAUACUCUUAAUUCGUAUGAAUGACUAUAGUAAGAGUGUGUACGAAUAUUAGGCAAAAGCGUAUAAUCGAUUGUCGAGAUUGUAAAGAAUCCAUUUUUUUCCUUAUUUUCGUUAUCUGUUGACUGCCUGUACUAAACGCUAUCGGACCUUUGAUAUUUCAAAUGACUAUUGUAUAUCGUUCCGUGUGCAUCGUUAGCGAAACACUAUACUCGGCCAUUUAGCAAGGAAGAGAGAAAAAAAAAACAAACAAACAAAAGCGCAACGGUCAGCAACGAGGAGGGUGGCUGCUGGGGAAACCGGAAGUGAGAUAAAUCAUCGACUGAGUAACUAAGAUCUUCGUUUACUUAUUUCUUUCAUUUUGUUUUUCACGCGAAAUUAUUGCUCGUUGUUAAAAAACGUUUAUUUUCACACCGGCAAAUACGCUUUUCUACUACGAAAGACCGCGUGAUAUUUUACAAUAAAAACAAUUGAAUGAAUAAUGAAGAAAAAAAAAACUAAAUACGGUGAUAAUUAGUGCGUGCGACGCCAUUGUAGAAUUUUCGCCUCGUGGCGAUUCAAAUCUGUGGUGCAAACGCGUCAAGAUCCAACGACAAGAUCGAAAAUCGUUCGUUCGGUCCACGUGAAAAAAAUAAAUGAAUUUCAAUAAAAAAUGAUGAUCCUGUCCUCGCGAGACAGCGAUCGGGGACGAGAUGUGAUCUCGAGAUUUUUCUCGAACGACGAGAGCACAUACCACCUUUUUCAUGGAAUACACAUAAUACUCGAGUGUAUUCCUGUGCGUUGUGUUUCAAGUUUGAAACGAGACGUGAACGCGCCGUUAUGCGAACACUCUCCAGCCCCUUCGAUGAGGUGAAAAAUUAAAAAAAUGAAAAAAAAAAAUGAAUAAACAAUGCGAUAGAUAAUUAUACAACUAGGAUUAUUUAUAUGUGGGUAAAGACAUUGUUAAAAGUAAAGAAGAAAUGAAAAUUGUGGAUAAAGGAGAUAACGAUUUAAACAAAAAAGUUAUAACUGUACAUAUUAAAUAAUAGCGGUGUAGCGCCAGACGGAUGAGAAAAAUGAUGAGGAGAAAAAAAAGUAAGAAUAAGGUUGAUAAUACAAGAAAAAAAAACAAAAAAAAUACGAUUCGUGAGCGCGGCGGGGGUUGAUGAAAAAAAAAUGAAAAACGCGAGCCUCGUGAAUGAACGAAAAUUAAUGUUUCAUCUCUUUUAUUUUCUUUGUUAAAAAAAAAACAACAACAACAACAUUAAUAUUCAAUUAAAUUAUAUAAUUUUUUUCGUUCGCGGGUUAUGUAAAAUCACGGAUGCCGCUUCGUUUCGCAGCUCUGUCGAUUACAGGCAUGUAAUAUACAUAUACAUAUUCGCAAAACCCCCCAUGUGUAUAUGUAUAUCGAUGGUAUAAAUAUAUAUAAUAUAAAUAAAGGUAAUGUUAAGAACUAAA